AUGGAUGCUCUUACUGAAGCCAAUGGCACCUUUGCCCUCCACCUUCUAAAGCUACUGUGCCAAGACCAGCCUUCUCAGAAUGUGUUUUUUUCUCCUUUGAGCAUCUCCUCUGCCCUGGCCAUGGUCUUCCUUGGGACAAAGGGAAAAACUACAGCCCAGAUGGCCCAGGCGCUUUGUUUCAACACAGAGAAAGACAUUCACCGGGGCUUCCAGUCGCUUCUCACUGAAGUGAACAGACCCGGCACCCAGUACUUGCUGAGAACAGCCAACCGGCUCUUUGGAGAAAAGUCUCGUGAAUUCCUCUCCGCCUUUCGGGAAUCCUGUCUCCAGUUCUACCUGGCGGAGCUGGAGCAGCUGCCCUUCGUCGAAGCUGCCGAGCAGUCCCGGGAGAGAAUCAACAACUGGGUCUCAGAAAAGACUGAAGGUAAAAUUCAAGACCUGUUGCAGAGUAACUCCAUCAGUGCCCAGACGAAGCUGGCUGUCAACGCCGUUUACUUCAAAGGAAGGUGGAAUCAAGAGUUUGACAAAAAGAACACGAUGGAAAUGCCUUUUAAAAUAAAUGAGAAGGAGCAAAGGCCCGUGCAGAUGAUGUUUCAGGAGUCCAGCUUUAACCUUGCCUAUGUCAUGGAGUUGCGCGCCCAGGUGCUGGAGCUGCCUUACGCUGACCGGGAGCUGUCCCUUCCUGUCCUUAUCCAACAGGAUGCCUGUGUGACCUCACUGAUUCUGACCUUUCAGGUGGAAAAAAAUCUCACUUUCAAGAAAUUCAUGACCUGGACCAAGCCACACCGUAUGACGCGUACCGACAUUGAAGUUUUCCUUCCAAAAUUUAAACUGGAAGAGGAUUACGACAUGGAAUCUGUGCUUCAGCAUCUGGGAGUAGUGGACGCCUUUCAGCAGAGCCAGGCCGACUUUUCGGCGAUAUCAACCGAGACAGACCUGUGUCUGUCCAAGUUUGUGCACAAGAGUUUUGUGGAGGUGAACGAGAAAGGCACGGAGGCCGCAGCUGCCUCAGCCAUGGUGGUGGUGGAAUGCUGCAUGGAGGAUGAGCCGCGGUUCUGCGCCGACCACCCCUUUCUUUUCUUCAUCAGGCACAACAAAGCCAACAGCAUUCUCUUCUGUGGCCGGUUUUGCUCUCCAUAGGGGUUGCACCUCUGUGACCCC